AUGAGGGCUGCUCUUGGAUUGGCAGGAAAUGGGAUCGAAGAUGCCAUCUUUCUGCAGCAGCAGCAGAGGCAACAAGACAUUCAGCGUGACCUACGUUUACGUCAAAUGAUACUGCAAGAACAACUAGAACAGCAGAGCAAAUUGGCGCCAUUGCUGCAUGAGCGUCAGCUAAGGGCUCUCGGCGACCACCUACACGAAUACCCUGAUCUGUCCUCACAUUAUCACACUUUGCUCCUGAGUGAGCAGUUACAAAGACAAGAAGAACGUGCUUUUCUGGAAGCUCAGGCCCAAAUGAGGUAUCAAGAGGAGCUGAGAAUGCAUCAAUUACAACAGCAAGCCCAGGCGCAACAGCAGGAGUCACCAACCGCCUCGCAGCCUCUAGCUACCGCUCAGAACCCAGCGGUGCAAGCUCAAGCAGUGCCCAGCAGCAACGUGGCUAUGUUACGGGAUCUGGCAGCAGAUUCCUUAGCUGGGAACGCUGUCAAGAAGACAGAGGUGGAUCGAAAGAAAAGUCCUCCUCCUGACGCCACCAAUACGGCAGAAGCCCCGACGAACGGUAGCUCUGAAGAGAACCAAGAAGUGCUGGAUGUUACCCCAGCCAAGCGCCCUGCCAAGGAGCCCAAAGAAAAAGAAAAGAGCAAACGAAUAAAGACAAAGACCAGCCCCAAAGCAAAGAGGAAGGCUGCAACUUCGCCUCCUCCUCCUAUCGGGUCGGCAUCAUUAGAAAAAGCAGCUGCUCCUCAGAUGCCGAUGCACGUACGCGCCGAAGACGACGCGGACACCAAACCCGCUGCAUCAAUUGCACCGAGGCCUACAAGUACUGAUCUGAAGCCAGCACCCAAGCCAAGAGUCGCUGGCAGUCCUCUCGUGGCGCAGACUCCAGCAGAAGCACCGAGACCAGCAACGGAGCCGUCGUCGGCGUCCAGCUUGAGGGCAUCUCCUAACUCUUCUGCAGCGGCGACGGCACCUCCUCCUCACGCCACCCCCACAGCGCUGCACCAUCCUUCACCACAUCCGGUGCAUCACUCUUCUCCUCAUGUUCCGCAUCACCCUCCCAUGACUCAUUCAUCGCAUCAUCCGUCUCCAUACCAUCCAUCUCCACACGUCCCUGUCCCUCCCCACCAUCCUUCGCCUCACAUGGCACACCGUGCUUCACCUCACCUGAUGCACCACCCUUCACCUCACCAUGCGUCACCUCACCCGGGGUACCAUAUGUAUCCACAUCAUCAUCCCUCCAUGCCAUAUCCUGGGUACCAUCCCGGAAGUCGAACAAGUAUUCACGAGGAACCUUUUGCUCGUCGUGGUACUUUGGACGAUCUUCUUGCUGCUGCAGAAUCGGAAAACAAGGAAGAAGGCGCAAUCAAUCUUUUGCGAACUUUCAAACGUGUUGCUUGGCCUGAUUCUGACGAUGAUGAAGCAUCACGGCUUGUGGAGGUGGAGGAAACCAAGACUUCCGAUGUAAAAGGGGAGUGUGUCAAACUAUCCAACGGCUUUGUAUCGGCACUUCCCCAAUUGCCUGAAGAACCGCUCUACGACGGCCCCUUGGCUGCUCCCGAGAAGAGCGAUAUUAAGGAAUCGAUCUUGGAUGACAGCUCCAUGGGGGGUGCCAAUGAGGGAGCCGAGGAGAAUGGGAGCACAGAAGUGGACACAUCGAAAGCAAAGACUCGGGUCGUGUCGAACGUUCUUGAUUAUCCCUACCCUAUUGACGUAUGGUGGCCAUCUACUGCCGGAAUACGGCGCGAGAGAAAAAUGUGCGGAGAGGAAAGCGACGAGGACGCGUUUGAUGAGGAGCAAUUAUCGCCUAACGAGGAGCCGCCGCUGCUCAGGGCCAAUCUUCGAGCAGUCAAGAAACGUCUUGCUAACGAGCUGAGGCCGGGCGUCUUGCAAAAGAUACCCCAUUGCAAACUUCAUCGCCUCUUAAUGAGAAAGAAGAAGAAUCUCUCAGUUCCGGAUUUGGUCUACUGCUGGCAGGUAACCGACAUCUACCCAAACGACGUUAUGGUUUGCUGUUCAAAGUGUGGCACUUGGCGACACGCGGCAUGUGGCGGGCAUCACAAACCCUAUUCUGUUCGUGAGAACACAAAGACUCCGUUUGUGCCGGUGUGCGAUUACUGUCAUCAAGAAGAGUCCAUUCUUAGCGAUUUCCCUUAUGCUGAACAGAGGCUAGAACGACAAAGGAUGGAACAAAUCCGUCGGGGGCUUGCGACAACAUCAGUGAUGCGACAUGCCUCGUUUUCGAAACACGGUGGAACCUACAAGUGGCCUUUGGGACGUGUGUCGAAUACUCACAUAUCAGGUCACACGCGCAGUGUAAAUGCUCGUCACGACAAGGCGGAAAAGCAGUGGGCAGACAUGGCAAAGAAAUUGAGUAGCGGCUAUGGCUUCCGACCGCGUGAACGUGCCCGAGUUAGGACAAAGGAACUCGAGCGCCUGUUGGUCUCGGUUGAGGAUGCAGAAUUGUACACGGACAGGCACAACAUUCUAUUGUAUCUGAUGAGGGAUACCACGAGAGAGCAUCCUGUUGGGUUCGAAAAGCAACGUAGGAAUAUCUUCGAUCCUGAGGAAGAUCCUGAGCCUGAACAAGAGUUAACCGAGGAACCAAUGCAACCGCCGAACGGCAACGACAAUUUGCAACCUGGUGGCGACUCUUCGGAAGGGGAAACGAAGCCUCCAGCAGAUACGCCCGCUGCGGAUUCACGGGAAAAGCCCCAAGUUGAAUCCAAGGCUCGGUGUGCCCGAGAGGGUUGCACUCGAAAACCACGCUUUGAUUCUCUUUUCUGUUCUGAUUCUUGUGGUUUGUCUGCUCUGGAGAAGGAUCUAUUGCAUUCUUACGAAGAGAGCAGCGAUAUUCAUCCGUCAGUGUUGAGAAAUUAA